UCAGUAGACUCGCUGUUGAACGUUGACGUGUGUUUCGUCUGCUUCAUUCGUUGUACAAAAGCGGACAAGAGUGUUUUAUAAAGUCACAGCAGUCUUUUGCAAUAAAUAUUUGUAUUGUAGUUUAGUGAGGUCGUUUACCUAACACCAAGUAACUGCUGUAUACCUACAAUGUUUCGAACACAACAAUUAUUAAACCGCCCGGCUAUUCCACUUGUCCAACUGCUGGAUUUCGUCCCACGACCUGGUAUGCGAUGGAUUGUUAGUGGGAAACCUAAACCGUCUAGCGAAGGAUUUAGCAUUAAUUUCAAAGUUGGGCCAGCAGAGCAAGAUGACAUCGCAUUUCACUUCAACCCAAGGUUUGUCAAGCGACAAGUUGCGCGAAACGCGAGAACAAACAUGGCGUGGCGUUCAGAUCAUGAAGACUCGACUCCUUACUUUCCAUUUGAAAAAUACAAACACUUUCAAGUUGAGAUUACGUGUUUGGCCGAUACGUUCAAGGUCAAGGUAAACGGGGAAAGUUUCACUAAGUUCAAGCACCGCUACGACCUUCACCGUAUCACACACUUAAACAUAGAUGGUCAGGUCGAUGUGGAUUCAGUGGAGUUUGGAUACGUGGGAAGCGACAGGAACAUCCAGGAACGUUUCGUUACAUUCCACAACCCGAAAUCAAUGUUUACUUUACCGUUGGAACGCCGUCUCACUUCAGGAUAUGAAAUAACCAUAAUUGGACGAGCCACUGCUCACAUGUUUGGGUUUAACUACCACUGUGGUCCGGAUCCGACAAACGAUUAUGCUUUCCGAUUCUUUCCCGAUUUUGGAACUCAAAGAGUUGUUCGUAAUUUUAUGAUCAAUAAAGUUUGGAAUCCUAAUCCUGAAGUCAUUUCAUCUUACUUUCCGUUCAGACAGAGAGAGCUGUUCACCAUACGCUGUGUUUGUCAUAACGAUAAGUUCUCGGUGUAUGUGAACGAUGUUCACUUCUGCGACUUCACAUACAAGGUGCCGCUCUACCGCAUAUCUUUUUUUGAAAUCGAUGGCGGGAUUGACAUUGAAAACAUCACUGUUCAAUGGCAACCAUUAGAAGACCCAAGAUACCAACAGCAACAAGAACGUUGUGAGAGCUAAAGGUCUAAACCUAUUUUUUAAGAAUGACAUUUUCAGAGGACAGACAAACGACUUGUAUUGUAAUGCCAAUGUAUAAAUUAUGUAGCCCAAAACUAUAGUAUACUUGCUGGUAGCGUAACUGGUGUACGUAAAGAUAAUUUCUACAAAAUAUAUAGCAGUAUGGGGAAAGAUGGUACACCUUUUCAUUUAAUUUUCUUGUCCCAUUUGGUAUUAAACAAAAACAUUAAAAAGAAUUAUAAAACCGUAACCUCACGACUCUCAUGGGCCGCUAUUAAUUGUUUAAAACACGGUAAGGAAAUUUGGAUAAUAUGUGCUAAAGGUGUCCCGUCUUUCCCCAACCGACCAUACAAUAUAUAUUUGUAUAUAUGUUUGUAUUAGGUAUCUUAAAUGCGUAAAAUUUGUGUAUUUUUUGUUUAUCAUAUUGUAGUUUAUUUUAUUUUUAACUGUAAACAGUUCCAUUGUUUUUAACUUGAAUCCGCCAAUUUUAUUACGGCAAAAACUUAUCAGCCAGCACACAACAAAAUAAAAACAAUAAUCUCA